GAAGCUACUGACUUGUCGAAGACGUUGCUGUCGGAAACGCAGCCUCAUGCACAAAAAACUGCGGUACCAACUCCGUUUCCGUGUCAAAACGAUUGCGUCGGACAGCCGAAGAUGCCUGGAUAUAAUUCUGGGUCCGCUAGUCUUUAUUUCACGCCUGGAAAUUAUAGUGGCUGUACGGAAGCAGAGCUUGAGCCGCAGCAUCAAUCACAGCGUGGCGGGCUCUGUGAGAAUUUUCACAAUGCGUCACCAGCUACUUGUGUACACUGCGGUACAUCAAUUGCCUUCGGGUCCGGUAUCGGGACCGGAAGCGGUGGGACCACUUCUGCGCCAGUGGCCGCUUCGGUGGUAAAACAGACGGCAAAUAAACGGAAAAGGGCACGUUCGGUCGACCGCGGCGUUUUGGAAGAAGAAGUGGUGUUCUU